AUGACAAGCAAUGAACGAAUUGAUAUAGAGGUGGAGGAAGAAGAACAAACCGCAAGCAAGAUUGAAUUGGUUUGUUUCAAAAAAUUAAACGUUCGUGCCAGAGGUGCUGAUUAAGCUUAAAAAUCUUGAAAACUUUGAAAUCGAAAUACAAAGAAAGGCUUGGCGCCAGCGUUUUCUAUUAUCAGUUUUGACUAUCGAAAACACUUUGACAAUCAUUUAUGAAUAAAAUUGGGUGUAAACGAAACAAAAUCCAAGUGAUUCUUUCGUUUCAGCUCGAUCCAGUUGGAUUUGCGGCGGAUCCCUCUAACUUAACUGUGAUACUCCAUGAAGAGGACCACACAAUUGGUAACGCGUUGAAGCACUUGCUUUGUCAGAAGUAUGUCAAUUAGUUUUAUUUUUUGAAGAACCCUCAAGCUUUUUUUUUUCAUUUUUAAAAGGAAUUUAGCUACUCUCUUCUAACUGGUGCUCCCAUAUAUCUGCUUUGUACGGUGAAAAUGUUUUUUAAAGUUAUUUUCCUCGUUUCUCUGAUUCAAAUGGUAUUAUCGAAGAGUUAGUCGUCGGCGCUGGUUACGGUCCACAAUCGUUGUCCAAUAAGUCCCGGCGGGACAGCUGGCGUUAGGAAUUAAUGUGGGCCCGUUAGUAGUACCAGCGAAUGAACUGCUUCACCAUGUUGGAGCAGUACAGCGCCCAGCUUGUCCAGGGCCGAUGGGCGUCGGAAUAUCAUCCCACGAGACCGACUAGUCGACGGGAUGAAAAUUUUUUCUGAUUAUCAUGUUAUAAACGCCUCGGUAUGUUCUUCAAAAGAGAGCCUCUGCAGCCGCAGGACUCAUUAUACGUAGUCAAGUAGAGAGAUCAGUUAGUCUCAGAAUCCCAUUUACUUAAGAAAACUAAAAAAAAAUAAGGUAUAAAACUAUAAAGAUGAAUUUUUUUCCUCAACCUGAGAGGUACUUCAUGAAAAAGCUACUAAAUUUGAGAAAAUUUAUAGUUUUACCUGUUUUGCGAUAAAUUUGUACAAUAUCCAUUUCUCAAUGAGAAAUUUUGCGACACGCAUUGUCAGAUCUUGUGUACACUCAAAAACAGUUGAUAAAAGAUCGUACAGCGGCUGGCUACCGUGAGCAUACUUUGAGCGUCCCCGAGAAGUGGUUUUUCAUACUGAAAUUCAAUUUUUUUUUUCAGCCCUGAAGUCGAGUUUUGCGGCUACAAUGUACCACAUCCAUUGGAGGACAAGAUUUUGUUGAGGAUUCAAACCAAAAUUGGAUCUAACGCUUUGCCUUUUUUAGUGAAAGCAUUGGAGGAUCUCGAAAAGGUUUGAGUGUUACUCCGAUUUCGAUAACUAAAAUCCGCACUGAGGCUUGAUUAUUGAUAGAUCGCCAUUUUAAACUAUUUAAUCUAUUCAUUCCGUAGUGCUUUUGUCAUGUUAAAAAAGUAAGAAAUAACUAUUAAGGAGAUUAUCUCUUUUUUUUGAAGUGAUAUGGUGAAAAAAUCUCUCAAUAUAUCGAGUAUGACAAUGGAGAAUUUUUUUUUCUUUUCAGAUUUUUGCAACUAUGCGAGGAAAGUUUGCCGCAGUGUACCGCCAUAGUUCAAAUUGUUGA